AGAUAGCGCAUAAACAACGUGGAAAAGUGACGCGGAGAUCAACCUCAAAUAUAAUCGGAGCUGUCUCUUAAGACCAAUCUCUCCUUUUCUCUUCGCUCGAGAACUUCAAGCUUUUCUCUUUUUGGUCCUCCUCCCCAACAACAACGCAGCAGCCAAGCCUAAAUUAUUUAUCAAUUCAUUUAUUUCCUUCUUAUUUAUUUUCUUCAUUGUUACAUUUGUCUUUGACUCAACCUUUUCCUACCUUAUCGUUUCUCAUCUCCGUCGUCUUCCUUUUAAAGGAUCGCUUCUCCUUCAACGAACAAUCCUCUGCAAUUCAGGACUCUCUGUUGUUUUUGGGGAGUCUGAGAGCGAGUGGAAAAGGAUAAAAAAUUAGCUUUUGAACUGAAAAAUGAGAAGAAGUGUUCGAUCUGCUCGUCAAUUUCUAUCAGCUUUUCAAUAUCAAGAAUACAAUUGUGCUGUUAAUUUGGUGAAAAGGCAACAAACGGUUUUGAUAAAUACCAAUUGUAGCAGUUCUGUUUGUAGAAUUAACAACAAUGCUGAUUCUGAUGGAUUUCUGUGCCCCAAUUUUAUCAUCUCAAGAGCUCUAUCAACGGAUGCUGAUAAACUUUUUAAUGGAGAGGUGAAUGUUGCAGGGCCACUUGUAGAGUAUGAAAGGAGAAUUGCUACGGGCGAGCUUUUAGAUGGUGAUAACUGUCAGGUAGGCACAUUACGAGAACUUCAAAGGCUUUAUGAUGAGCUUGUUGAGUCAGCUGAUGCCUGCAAGUUGGAUCGUUAUACUGCUUCAGACAAAUCUGGAAGGAGUAGGUGGUUGUGGACCCGUUUCAUGCCACAGUCUUCAUAUUCACCAGUCAAAGGACUAUAUCUUUAUGGAGGAGUGGGUACUGGGAAGACUAUGUUGAUGGACUUAUUCUUUGAUCAAUUGCCCAGCAAUUGGAGGAAAAGGAGAAUCCAUUUUCAUGACUUCAUGUUGAAUGUUCAUAGCCGCUUACAAAGGCACAAGGGUGUGGCAGAUCCACUUGAAGUUGUUGCAGGAGAAAUAUCUGAUGAGGCGAUUUUAUUAUGUCUAGAUGAAUUCAUGGUGACUGAUGUUGCUGAUGCAUUGAUACUCAACCGUCUAUUUAGACAUCUAUUCAGCAAUGGCGUUAUUCUUGUUGCCACUUCAAAUCGUGCUCCAGAUAAUCUUUACGAACGUGGAUUACAGAGAGAUCUUUUUCUACCCUUCAUUGCAACUUUGAAGGAAAGGUGUGUGGUUCAUGAAAUUGGUUCAGCAGUAGACUAUCGGAAAAUGACUUCGGCGCAACAAGGUUUCUACUUUAUUGGCAAUGAUUUAUCAGGCCUUCUUAAGGAAAAGUUUCAAGAACUGAUUGGUGAGCAAACAGCUGGUCGCCAAGAGGUGGAAGUCGUCAUGGGAAGGACAUUGCAGGUUCCACUGGGUGCUAAUGGAUGUGCAUAUUUUUCCUUUGAGGAAUUGUGUGAUAAACCUCUUGGGGCUGCAGAUUAUUUUGGAUUAUGCAAGAACUUUCAUACACUAGCAUUGGAAGGUGUCCCAAUCUUUGGACUUCAUAAUCGGACAGCAGCUUAUCGGUUUGUCACUUUAGUUGACGUGAUGUACGAGAACAAGGCCAGACUAAUGUGUACAGCUGAGGGUAGUCCUCUAGAACUUUUUACAAGGGUAGUUACGAUUUCUGAUGCCCAGCAAAUAGCACCUAGGACCUCUACAAGAUCAAGGAGAAAUGAUGAUUCUGAUCUUUGUGUAGACAAUGAACUGGGAUUCGCAAAAGACCGCACCAUUAGUAGAUUGACAGAAAUGAACAGCAAAGAAUACUUGGAACAGCAUGCUGCCACGUUAGCUGAAAAGCAACUCCCGCAGGAAGAUGUUAAUGCCAGCGUGGCGUAGGUGCAGAAGGGAUGCAGUAUCAUCAUCUGCAGUAACCCAUUGUUGUUGGGAAAAUCAAAUAGGUUAUAUACAAUUUGAAGUUCACCAAUCUGAUAACAGUUUUUGUGCCACAUUCCUGAAUAAAAUGUAAUUUAUGAUAUGUAAAAUAAAACUGUAACAGCUUGAUUGUAUGAAAAUUAUAAUGACAUCAGGCAGGUGUUCUUUUUUCUUAAUAAUUUUGUCGAAUUUCAAUAUCAUUAGAAACAGUGAAUCAUUUGAACCAGAA